AUGGAAGCUGGCGAUGGCCGCACCACAAACCACAGCCACGGCGAGAAACGAAAAGACAGGAGAGGCUGGUUUCUUCCAAAACCAGACCACGACGGCAACGACGACAACAACGGCCCCAUCAACAGGGCUCAAACUGUUUCGGAAGUGAACACGGCACCUCCUGACAGUCAGCCCCACCCGCCAUUGGAUUCCAACUCUCCACAAGACCUUCAUAAAACAUCCCGGGAUGAGGACAGGAGGACACGCGAGUCAGGUCAGCGCAAGCACGGCCACCGCUCCAACCAUCACCAUAGCAACCACAGACACCGCUCUCCGGACAAACGGGGCAGGGACAGACACCACAAUAAAAAAAGUAGCAGCAGUGCUAAUAACAAAAAGAGAGGCGAGAAGAGGUACAGCAAGGAUGAUUCGUACCACCAUCAGCAUCACCGGAGGCACCAUUCACUGGAGAGGAGGCGCCGGGCAAGGAGCGCCGACAACACGCUGGACAGCCGACACGAACAUCGGCACGGUCGAUCGCCGGAAAGGCGCCAUCAUCGCCGCUCCUCUCCACAAAGGCACCAUUCACCACAUCGGUCAGGGCACCGCAAUAGGUCCCCUCGACGUCACAGAUCACCAUAUCGCUCCAGAUACCAAUCCCCGCGCCGGCAAUCCAACCCUCUAUCAGACAGGCCACGCAAUGGCAAACCAGCAUGGAAUGAGGAUGUGGGCUUGAAAGAGCCUCCAUCUCCUGAGCCUGCUUCCCACUUGGACAGUGUCCUGAACGAGUUGCCUGCGAUGGAUCAGCUAAACCGAGAGAGCCCCUUGUCACGGACAACAUAUGAUGGUUUACAGCAGGGCAACGGCCUGACGUUCCCAGGAAAGUCCUACAGUCGUCUAAACAGUAAUAGCAUCCUCCCCCGGCAGUUUGGUAAUGGUAAUAGCCUCCCCCAGUACUAUGAUCGUUGGAACCGUGACGACACCCUCCCCCGGCAGUCCUAUGGACCUCUGAACCAUGACAACACGCUACCCCGACUGUCAUAUGACCGCGUGAACCGAAGUGAAGCUCUUCGCACAGAGUCCUAUGACGGUUUGGCCCAAAGAAAUCCUUUCCCCCGAGAGCCAAUAGACCGCUUUUCGACCUUGGAGAGAACAUACAAUGGGAACAGCCUGCCCCAGAGAACCUACCAGGAACAGAGGCUUCCCCGCCCCAGAACCCCCAACUCUGACUCAGCUUUCCAGAAGUACAGUUCACUGCUCAGGGGUCGCACUCCUGAGAGAAAGAGCCGAUUAUCUCGAUCGGAUUCUCCAGAAGCGACCUCCUACCGAGCCAGGAGCCUUGACCCAGACAUGCUGCCCGCAAGAGGUUUCCGAAAUGAGGUCGACUCGGGGGAAGAAGACAAAGAAAGCAGUGUAAGAAAUUACUACAGCAAAUUCAAGUCCAAUUAUGGCCAAGUCAACAACACACUCCCCGAGCCCAAGAGGAAGGCCUACAAAGAGAACUCCAAAGAUCUCAGCAUUUGACAGACUGGUGCAGAACUGCAAACACACCCUCACUCCAUACAAGCCCUCCUCUGAGGACCCUGUAUACUAUGCUAUGAAUUUGACAUUCCUGUGUUUUCCUAGACAGAUUACUUGAGAACUUGUAACAAACAGCGGAAGAAUGGUUUUUGCUGUACGUUCCAGGAAUUGUUGGUUGUUUCUUUUUUUUUUUCUUUUCGUACAAUUUCGCAAACAUCUAUCAGAGAUUGACAACUACGUAUAAAGAAAACAAUUAUGUGCCUAAUAGUACCAUUCUUGAUGGUUUUUAUUUUAUAAAGGGCAGUCUUUUGAACUACUGUCUGAUGAUAGUAUUUUUCGGUUCCAGAGACCACACCCAUGCACCGAGCACCUCUCCUCACCGGGUGCUCACAUGUAUGCUGUGCAUGUCUUUACACUUUUCAGUGUCUUUCUUCUUUAUUUCAUUCUUUCUCUCCCUCGGUGCCAAUGAUUUUUACACAUUUGACCAGAGUAUAGCACAAGUCUGCAUUCAUUUGUAUAUUUUUGACAGUUUGCAGUACGUGUACAUUCAGAGGUGAUCAUUUUACGAGAAUGAAGGGAACAUGAAGUUAAAAUAUGAUAAUGUGAGAAUAAAAUAUAUAUACACGAUCUUCACGUUUGUCUUUAAUUU